CGGUUGCGUCUUGAACGGCGCUCAGCGGCUGCCGCCCGGGACGUUUUCCCCACUCAUUGCCGCGUAUAUGUAUUCAUUCGCUGUAGCACGAGUGCCGGGAGGGAAUAUUGACUAGAACGUGAAUUCUACCAUCAGUAUGUGUAGAUAUGGAAUAAGCAAAUCGGACGCGCAUCCAGCCGCCGCCGCUGGCGCUAGCUCGCUCGUUAGCUAGCUAGCUACCGUAGAUCACCAGCCUGUGGGAAGCGAGCUAGCCAGUAGCCGUCCGGCUAGCUGCGCGCGCCCUCCCAGACGUGGAAGCCGAUAGCUACCUGUACCUGGCUGCUAAGCCCGCUGCUUAUUCCGCUAACGUAAAGGGACAACAUGGAGCUGUUUCAAGCCAAAGACGACUACAUUCUCCAGAGCGGGGACCGGGCGCUGUGGUGCAGCCGGAAGGAUGGGACAAUGACGGUCAAAGCGGCAACCGACCUGCUGUUGGCCUGGAAUCCAGUGUGUUUGGGUUUGGUGGAAGGCGUGAUCGGAAAAAUACAGCUUCACACAGAUCUUCCUCUCGGCCUCGUCUUAAUCCGGCAGAAAGCGCUGGUGGGCCAUUUACCAGGCAACCAUAAAGUCUACAAAAUCACCAAGAUAGCUGUCAUCCCUCUGUCAGACGAAGAGCCCCAGGAGCUGGAGCUGGAGCUGUGUAAGAAGCAUCACUUUGGAAUCGACAAACCAGAGAAGCUGGCUCCGUCUCCUGACGACUCCAAGUUUUUGAUGAAAACUUUUAGUCAGAUCAAAUCUAAUGUAGCUGUGCCCAUCAAGAAAAAGUAUUCCCCUGCUUUCCAGGUCAAGGAAAACAAAGAGAAGGAACGGCUGGAGAGGCGGCUGCUGGAUGAGCUUUACAAGAUAUUCAUGGACUCCGACUCCUUCUACUAUAGCAUGACGUAUGACCUGACCAACAGCGUGCAGCGACAGGGAGACUCAGACAAGUCCAGCCUGCCCCUGUGGAAACAGGUGGAUGAUCGUUUCUUCUGGAACAAGCACAUGAUCCAAGACCUCACUGACCUUAAAGUCCCAGAGGCCGACUUCUGGGUGAUACCUAUCAUUCAGGGCUUUGUACAGGUGGAGGAACUGGUCGUGAACUACAACGAAACCUCGGAUGAGGAGAGAAGCAGCCCUGAGACCCCGCCGCAGGAGGUCACCUGCGUCGAUGACAUCCACCCCCGUUUCACUGUGGCCCUUAUCUCCAGGCGGAGCCGCCAUCGAGCAGGGAUGCGGUACAAACGCAGAGGGGUGGACACAGACGGACACGUAGCCAACUACGUGGAGACAGAGCAGCUGAUCCACGUGCACAGCCACACUCUGUCCUUCGUGCAGACUCGUGGCUCUGUACCUGUCUUCUGGAGCCAGGCAGGGUAUCGCUACAACCCCCGACCACGCUUAGAGAAAGGGGAGAAGGAGACCAUGGCUUUUUUUGCUGCUCACUUUGAAGAGCAGCUCAAACUCUACAAGAAGCAGGUCAUCGUUAACUUAGUGGAUCAAAGUGGACGAGAGAAGAUAAUCGGUGAUGCAUAUAUGAAGCAAGUCCUGCUUUACAACAACCCAAAUCUCACAUACGUGUCAUUUGACUUUCACGAGCACUGCCGAGGAAUGAAAUUCGAAAACGUUCAGAUAUUGACAGAUGCCAUUUCUGAUAUCAUCACUGACACGAAGUGGGCAUGGGUGGACCAAGCGGGUGUCAUCUGCAAGCAGGAGGGAAUCUUCAGGGUCAACUGUAUGGAUUGUCUUGACAGGACCAACGUGGUCCAAGCUGCAGUUGCUCGAGUGGUGAUGGAGCAACAGCUGAAAAAAUUGGGUGUGAUGCCUCCAGAGCAGCCUCUGCCUCCCAAGUGCUACAAAAUCUAUCAGAUCAUGUGGGCCAACAAUGGAGACACCAUCAGCAAACAGUACGCAGGCACAGCAGCCCUAAAGGGGGACUUCACUCGAACCGGGGAGAGGAAACUGGCCGGUGUGAUGAAGGAUGGAGUGAACUCUGCCAACCGCUACUAUCUAAACCGUUUCAGGGACGCUUACAGACAAGCAGUCAUUGACCUAAUGAUGGGCCUGCCAGUAACCGAGGACCUCUACUCCAUCUUCAGUAAAGAGAAAGAGCACGAGGAGAAGGAGAAAGAGAGCCAAAGGGGCGCUCAGGAGCAGGUCAGCCUCCUGCUGCAGACCUACAUGCAGCUUUUGCUGCCAGACGACGAGAGGUUUCAUGGUGGGUGGGCCCUCAUCAACUGUGACAUGAGCCUCAUUGAUGCAACCAACAAAGAUGUGGAUGUUCUGCUGCUUCUGUCUGACAAAGCCUAUUACAUAGCUUACUACGAUGAGGAAGCGGAUAAAGUUAACCAAUACCAGCGCCUCAAUUUAGAGGGUUUGGAAAAGAUUGAAAUUGGUCCGGAGCCCACUCUGUUUGGGAAGCCAAAGUAUUGCUGCAUGCGACUGCAUUACAGGAAUCAAGAGACAAGUGGAUACUUUCACACGCUGAGAGCAGCGACUAGAAAUCCUGAAGAUGAUGGGAAAGACACGUUGCAGUGCAUAGCUGAGAUGAUUCGCAUAACAAAGCAGUCCACGGGGCUGGACUUGCUUGUCGUUGAAAAGAAGCUGGAGAGGCGACAGAGUAAACCUCACGAGGACAUCAUGGGCAUCCAGAACAAACUGGCUCAUCAGGUCCAGGGUAGUUCUGGUUUGGCUCAAGGCAAAAGCUUUUUGCUCAACAAGUUUUCCUCGCUCAAUCAGAAAGUCAAGGAGACCAAGACAAACGUGAACAUUGGACCCUUUAAGCCACUUGGGAGGCUGGGCAACUUCUCCAAGCCUGACGUAAAGGUCAAUUUCCUAAAACCAACUAUGCAUGUCAACCUGUGGAAGUCAGACAGCAGCUUAGAGACAUCAGAUAAUGCCCCGGGCACAGGAAAGGUGUUGAAGGACAUCGGCGAUGAGCACUCUGAAAUGUCAGACGACUCUGAUUCUUAUAAUUCAGACCCAGACCACCCGUGUUCUGGCUCCUUGGAGAAUGUGGACUAUGUGCUGCCCAGCUGCGGAAUCGUAGCAUCUAACCCACGUCUGGGCAGCCGCUCCCAGUCUAUCGGUAGCGUGGAGCUAAAUGUCCCCUCCGUCAUCCGGGUCACUGGCUGUGACGGAACGCUGGAGAGCUUCUCUCACGUAAGUGACGACAAAUCCCCUGGGGCCGUCUCCGUGGCUGAGGAAGCCAUCCUCAUUGACUUUGGUACUCCAAUUGAUGCCUACUGCCACCAGUUCAUCCAAGAUGCACAGACCAAACCUGAUGAGGUGUUUGGAGAACAACCGGCAGCUGCUCAGCCCCUAAUUAACCCACUGGUGCCUGAGCACAAAAAAUGCCCAGCAGAUUCAGACAAGCAUCCGAGCUCUGAGCUCCAGCAUCAGCAGAAGGAGCCCCAGCUCCCCAGACCAUCCCAGCUAGACGUCCAGUCCACUACCUCCACUUCCAGCCUCCUCACCGUCCAGAAACAUAGCUCGGCAGCGUCAGGGGGCUCUCAGAGGAGCCUGUGUUCACAGACGGAGGGAAGCCUCGGCCCCUCGCCCGCCGACAGCAACGGCAGCAGGGUUGUUUCCCCCUUUGCCAAGAUCAAGAGCUCCAUGGUCCAGGUGGCCAGCCUCACCCAGGCCGGACUCACCCAGGGUAUCAACUUCGCGGUGGCAAAGGUACAGAAGAGCCCCGAGCCGGAAGCAGUCAACGAGACCCAAGCGAGCGAGCUGAAGGCAAUGUUUACACAGUGCCAGACCAGGAUCAUUCAGAUCUAGUGCUUCUCCUCGUAGCAGUGCGAUGUGUAGAAUCUUUAUCUACGUUAGCAGUAGCCAAAGCUUGCACAUAGCAUUACUACUUAGCCAAGAAAUGCGCUCCUAAACUUGCCCUUUAGUCACGUAAUGAUAAUUCCUGUAUAGUAUAUAGUGAAACCCAACAUUGUCAGUGUCCAUGUUUACAUGCACAACAUUUGGGAUUCCCUCCGUCUUAGGAAGAAACUGACCUGACGUGUCUGAUGCUGGUUAGAGUCGCUGUUUGGCUCCAGAUCCUGUUUUUAUACCAAUGUCCUUCUUAUCAGUGUAUUCCUUCCACGGAAAGCACAAAAUGGUGAUACGAUGACAUGUCUGGUGUAAUGUCUCAGAAUAAUACCUAGUACAAAAGAGAGGGUACAAAAUGGGAACUGGUCGUAAUGUGUUCCAGAGCUGUGAGCCAGAUGAGCAUCAGAAAUGCUGCCUCUGCCACAUGAAUCAUUUUAUAGGCAACUUUUGAUGAUCUCAUUAGGAUGGCGACGCGUGAGUUCGAGCCUGCGGCUAGUGAGCACGGAGCGCACAGUGCUCGUGCAUGUAAACAUGUGGCUGUCCUCGGUCCGACAGACUCGCUCUGCUCCCCACAGCGCUCGCGUUAGCUGCAACGCUGAGCGCGUCAUCCUGUACGUGCACAUCACUCAAUGGCGCGCGUGACCUCGUGAUAGCAGUCGUGGGAUCCGACCAAAUGUUCGUGCGUGACUCCCAAAGGACAGUUGUGUCAACUAUUCCCCCUUGUAUAGCCGGACUAGCCAGACAACGGUUAACUUAUGUAAUAUCAAUGUUGUCAAGUGAACCUUAGAAGAUAUACUAUAGAAAUAAGACCACACAAGCCCUUAGUAACAGUAUCCUGGUUGUUAACGUGUACAGUGAGUAUUGUAUGUUCAUCCGUCCCCCGUGGACCCCUCCCUUCAGCUUUUUGUAUGGACGGCAGGGUGGCAGCUGAAUAUGCUCAGAGGUAAUGUUUAUUCUAUUUUGAAGAUUGCCCAGUACUGUCCCGAAUGAGCAGAGAACAGCUGGUUGGAGUUGCUCUUGAUAGAUUUAUGUCUUGAAAUAACUAUUCUGCAAAUGGUUUUACUAUUUAACUGAGGUUCUGUUUGACCCAAGUUCUUGGCCAGCGUUGCACAUGGACGUUGCAUGGAGAGUAGUAUAUAGUAGGUAUAUAUGCAAUUAUUGGACACAUUGACGCUUUAUGCACUUCCCCCAAACCGAAAGCAUAUUUGCCUUAACAGGGAAUUGAUGUGGGAUUAUGUAUAUCAGGUAUUUAUGGCAAAAUCUACCUUUUUAACUCCAUUCUUACAUGUUACAUGUAGCGUACUGUAUUAAAACUUAUUUUCAGGGUAACUGUACAUCAUCCAGCUUUAUCUUGGGACAUUUCAUGCACCGGCACAUACAUUUUCCAUGUCAGUGAGAAGUUUUAGAAAUAUUCCGAGAGCUUUGGGUGUGUGUUGUUGUACUGUGUGUGUGUGUGUGUGUGUGUGUGUGUGUGUGUGUGUUUGAGCAUCCCUGCUGCUGCUGGUACUUAGGAUCGCUCCGACUCAUAUUUCUGUGCUUUCAAGCUGUAAAAACGACAUUGUACAUUUUCUGUUAGCGUUUCCUUUUGAAUAUUAGGUGUUUAACUCCCUAGGGACUGGUUGGAAGUUCCUGUUUUUGUCCUCCAAAAGACAUAAUUGAACUGAAGUCACUUUUUUUAUGUCAACUGGUUUUCCUGAAGCUGAAAUAUCUCAAGAUAAAGUGUCCCACAUCACAACUGUUGUUACAUUUUCUGUUUCCUUCAUUCCGCUGACCAGCAGAUAAUGUGUGACCUAUAUUAUCAUCUGACUUACAGCGUACAGUAGCCUGGGCUGCUGUGCUGGAGCUCCAGUGAUAGUUACAGAAGGUGCUCCUCGUGAGUGGUGCUGCCAAAGCUUUAAGGUGAUCGCUGCGAUGCAGACUUUUAUUACAGAGUAUUUCUUUUAUUUAAAAUUUGUUCAGAAUUGAAUACACUGGAGCAGUUCUCAAGUAGAGAGAAGCGUGAUUUCUCCUAAAGUGGCUGUAUUAAACCUAAAGGAGCAGUGAUCCUCAACAUUCCAGAUAGAGAAAACAAGGCUAGAGUGCUGGUGUCUGGUUUUUAUAUGCAAACGAUGUAGUCAUUUCUGAUUUCAUAUUUGCUGGGUGUGCUUUUUCCUUUUUGAUUUUACACCAAGUGCUUUUGCAACCACCUCUUUGUUUGUUGUCUGGUUGUUCUCCCUGACCUUUAAGACCUUGGCUUAUGACAAGACAUCAUGUGCCACCAGGUCUAAAACCAUUUGAUUUGCACUGUUUAAGCACAUUUUCUAGCAUAAGUACCAUUGCAUCUGAAUGUUUGUGACCCUGUUGUUCCUCUUUACCAUCAAGGUUUCCAUGGUGUACUGACAUUGUAUUGUAUAUUAAAGUAACCUAUUUAUUCUUAUCCUCUUUGGGUGUUUUACUUGAUAACAAAGUGCACUGUAAACUAUUUGUUUAGGAACAUAUUCCACUGGAAUAAAAUGUUAAUAUAUC